AUGGGAAACAAGAAGAAGAAGCUCUUGGAGAAGUACUUGGAGAAAAAAGAGCGGCAGAAAGAGAGGGAUACUUUAGUGGAGAAGCUGAAGACACUGCAAAAACUCUCGAGCGAGGCAAAGUCCCACUCUCUGAUCUCAUCAAGCCAGAUCACGCGGAAGAAAGCCCCCGUAAAGUCCCGGGCACUCCCAAAUCCCCCAGAGAAACUCCCGCAGAGAAUUCCCCUCCCUGCUUACAGGCCCCUGGGAAGUGCCGAAUUCUCAUCGCUCGUGCAGAGAGUCUCCACAGAAGAACUCUGCGACGGAAUCGUGUGGACUCGCCCGGAGAAGAGGAGAAUCCCAGACGCAGAAAUAACUGCCGCAGAGAAGAAACUCCAGAAAACUCCCCCAGAAGUCCCCCUUAUAAAGACGGAUAAGGCCCUCUCCAGGACAAGAACAGUUGAAAAUCCCCUCCCAAUCACGCACAUGGAGGAUGAGAUCGUCUCCUCAGUGAAGAAUCACCGUAUAACAGUGAUAACGGGCGGAACAGGAACAGGAAAGUCCACCCAAGUCCCGCAGUUCCUAUACGAGAACGGCCUUGCAGAGAAGAAGAAAAUAUGCAUCACACAGCCCAGGAGAGUCUCCGCACAGGCAAUUGCAAGAAGAGUCUCGGAGGAGCAGAAGGAGGAAGUGGGCGGAGUCUGCGGGUACAGGAUGCGAUACGACAGCAGAAGCAGCAGUACUACGAAGAUCCUCGUCGUGACGGAGGGAGUCCUUCUGCAGGAGCUCUCAGAUGACCCUUUUCUCUCCGAGUACUCCGUCGUAGUCCUCGAUGAAGUCCAUGAGAGAUCGCUCUGCCAGGAUACGAUUCUCCUCGUCCUUGCAAAGCUUGUGGGGAAGACGCAGAUCCGCGUAGUUCUCAUGAGUGCAUCCAUUACGGAGGAGUAUAUCGCGUGCUUGGAGGCAAUUUCAGGUUCUUCCGUUAGUAGGAUCGAAGUAGAUGCGCAGGUUUACCCCGUGGAGAUGCACUAUCUCCCCCUGCGAGAGUACGACUACCUGCAGGAGAUGAAGAAAAGAGUCGGACAGCUCCAGGAGAGUCCGGGUUCGAUCCUUGCUUUUGUCUCCACGAAGGAGGAGACGGAGAGAGUGAAGAGUGACCUGCAGGGGGGAAGGAAGAGUGUAUUCUCCCUGCACAGUGAGACCCCAGAGGAGGAGCAGAGAGAGAUUCUCCGCAGUACAGACGCCGUUAUUAUAGCAACAAACGUAGCAGAGACUUCCCUCACACUUCCAGACGUAAAAUACGUUAUAGACGGAGGGAGAGAGAUCAGGAAGAGAUUCGACUACGGGAGAGGAUCAUACACUUUUGAGACGGUCCUUGUCUCGAGGGAGAGCGCAGAUCAGAGGAGGGGAAGAACCGGGAGAGUGGGACCAGGAGUAUGCUACAGACUAUAUACGACAGUAGAGUUCGAGAAUAUGCAGGAGACGAGAGAGCCGGAAAUUGCGAGGGAGAGAGUCCAGGGAAUGGUCACAGCCCUUUUGAAGGCGGGAGUUCGCCCCCACAGGAUGGAGAGAGUGAAAUUUAUCACGAGCCCAAGUAGGAGGGCCCUGCAGGAGGAACUUAGUGAACUGCGCAGGCUGGGAGUAGUUACAGCGGAGGAUGUCACAGCAUUUGGGCGGAGAGUUCUCUCUCUUCCCGUUGAUCCCGUCCUGGGGAGUGCCCUUUUGAGGGCCCGUGGGAAGUCCCUCGAGUGCUUUCAGGUGAUGCUGGGAGUUGCUGUUUUUUUGGAGACGUACAGCCCGAGGAGGGUCCAGUACGUGCCGGAGAGUGUGGGGGGCACGAAGACGUACAUUGAAGUGCUUUCCAGGCCGAGUCCACCCUGCGGGAAUAGGAGGAAGCUUGCUCGGCACGUGAUGAGGGCAGUGGAUCGGGUUCUCUCGGAGAGUUUGGAGAAAAAUUUUAAACCUGAAAAACCGUUAGAAAAUGACCUGAAACCUGAAAAAAUAGAGGGGGAGAGGGAGCGGGAUGUGGAGCGCACGGUGGAUGUGGCGCUCAGUCGAAGCGCAAGAAACACGGACCCAGAGGCUGCUGUCGCCUGCGGGAAAAUACUCGCCUGGUGCCUCUCCUCGAAUAUCGUAACGGCGUAUAACGGAAAGUUCUACCACCGCGGGGAGGAGGUGCGCUUGCGAUCGCUCCUUCCGGAUAUACGCGCGGAGAGGCCGGUUCCCGUCGUUUACUAUUCGCUUGUCCGCCCGGAUGCUGAGGACCCGAGCAAAGUCUCCCUCCUGGGCGCAGUAGUGCCGGAGUACGCAGAGACCCCGGAAGACCCCGAAUAG